CACCUCUUCACUCCUCUUCUUCUUCUCUCAACUUCCUGCCUGCCUGCCUGACUGACUGCUUGCUCUCCCAGCUCAGUCUUGACAACACUCGAUCGCGGCUCAGUUCUGUCCCCUCCAUCGACCCCCCAGUUUCAAACCCAGGCCAAACACGCGCGCAGCAUUCGUUGACUGACGAGAUGGUGAACAAGGUCGCCGACGAGCCGCAGCUGCUGUCCAAGAAGGCCGGAUGCAACACCCACGGCCAGGACUCGUCCUAUUUCCUGGGGUGGGAGGAGUAUGAGAAGAACCCCUUCCACCCCACCACCAACCCCACCGGCAUCAUCCAGAUGGGCCUCGCCGAGAACCAGCUCUCGUUCGACCUGGUGGAGGAGUGGCUGGAGAAGAACCCCGACGCGCUCGGGCUCCGCCGGGGACCCGCGUCCGUCUUCCGGGAGCUCGCGCUCUUCCAGGACUACCACGGCCUCCCGGCCUUCAAAAAUGCAUUGGCGAGGUUCAUGUCAGAGCAGAGAGACCACAAGGUGGCGUUCGACCCCAGCAACAUCGUGCUCACCGCCGGCGCGACCUCGGCCAACGAGGCGCUCAUGUUCUGCCUCGCCGACCAGGGCGACGCCUUCCUCAUCCCCACCCCGUACUACCCAGGGUUCGACCGUGACCUCAAGUGGCGCACCGGGGCCGAGAUCGUGCCGGUGCACUGCACGAGCGCCAACGGCUUCCGGGUGACGCGCGCCGCCCUGGACGACGCGUACCGCCGCGCCCAGAAGCGCCGCCUGCGCGUCAAGGGCGUGCUCAUCACCAACCCCUCCAACCCGCUCGGCACCGCCGUCCCGCGCGCCGACCUCGAGAUGAUCGUCGACUUCGUCGCCGCCAAGGGCGUCCACCUCGUCAGCGACGAGAUAUACUCCGGCACGGCAUUCUCCGAGCCGGGCUUCGUCAGCGUCCUCGAGGUCCUGGCAGCGCGCGCCCCGCUCGCCGCCGACUACGCGCUGGACGACCGCGUCCACGUCGUGUACAGCCUCUCCAAGGACCUCGGCCUCCCCGGCUUCCGCGUCGGCGCCAUCUACUCCUCCAACCCCGACGUCGUCUCGGCGGCGACCAAGAUGUCCAGCUUCGGGCUCGUCUCCUCCCAGACGCAGUACCUCCUCGCCGCCCUCCUCGGCGACAAGGACUUCACCCGCAGGUACCUCGCCGAGAACAAGAGGCGGAUCAAGGAGCGGCACGACCAGCUCGUGGACGGCCUCAAGGACAUCGGCAUUGCGUGCCUGGAGAGCAACGCGGGGCUCUUCUGCUGGGUGAACAUGAGCCACCUGAUGCACGCCCGGUCGUUCGAGGGCGAGAUGACGCUGUGGAAGAAGGUGGUGUUCGACAUCGGGCUCAACAUCUCGCCGGGGUCGUCGUGCCACUGCAGCGAGCCCGGGUGGUUCCGCGUCUGCUUCGCAAACAUGUCCGCCAAGACGCUCGACGUCGCCAUGCAGCGCCUCGGGGAGUUCGUCCAGAGCAGCAGCAAGGCCGCGCCCGCCGCGCUGCGCCGCGCCGCCGGCCCCGCCAGGAGCAUGAGCUGCCCGCUCGCCAUGAACAUGAAGUGGGCGCUCCGGCUCACCCCGGGCUGCGCCGACAGGAAGGCCGAGCGGUAGGCACACCGCUGACACACCACAACCGCAUAGCUACCGCUGCAUUACGACGGACGGAGCACGUGCACCGUAGAUCCAGCUUAUUACAGCCAUGGCCAUGCAUCCAUGAUCAGUACAUAGCGCUGCUACGCUAGCUAGCUAGUAGCCGAUCGAUUAAUUCCUUUAGUUUUGCUGUAUACCACCAUUUUUUCCUCGGAGCAUGCCCGAGGAGUGCUGUUGUAUCUACAUUCCGCGGUAGUAAGUAUAGGAGGUAGCCAUCCAUCGAUCGAUCGAUCCCUCGGUAUCGGAUCGUGUAUUUUUGACUGGAGUAUUCUUCGGAGUUCCCCAGUUGUUCGUUGUAUUAUUGUUGCCGGUUACCACUAUAUAUAUGGUCAAUAAAAUACAACACUACUUUAUCUUAA